AUGGAUUACUUAUCACCUUUGGAGAUCAUUGAAUUUGUCAUUACUGCAAAAGCCAUCUGGCAUAGGAGGAAUACUUGGCUCUUUGAACAGCAGUUCCACCCUCCCUCUCAAGUGUCAAAGCUGGUCCAAGCAGAGAUGGCUUCCAUUAAAUUAUGGCUAGAGAAUGGGAUAAAACAGACUGAAGUCCAAGAACCUAAAAACAAUAGGUGGAUUGCUCCCCAACUAGAUGUAUUCAAAGCUAAUUGGGAUGCUGCCAUUGAUAAAGGCAACUCGAGGUUGGGGAUUGGUGUGAUUGUUAGGAACUCAGAAGGAUCUGUUAUGGCCUCAUUGUGCUCAUCGAUGGACCUGAUUCUUGAUCCACUCCUUGGUGAGGCUGUAGCAGCUCGAAGGGCUUCUUCCUUUUGUGUAGAGUUGGGACUACAACAUAUUAUUCUUGAAGGUGACUCUCUAUCGGUGGUAAAGGCUAUUCAACACAAAGAGGAUAGUUGGAGUGACACUGGUCUUGUUAUUAGAGACAUUAAGAUAAUGCUGACCCGUUCUUGGUCUGUUUUACAUGUCCAUAAGGAAGUUAAUGUAAUUGCUCAUCAUUUGGCAAAGUUUGCUCUUAGCUGCCAGGAAGACUGUAUACUUAUUGAGGACUAUCCUCCAUGUAUCCAGCAUUUGCUUUAA